AUGGCAGGCAGCCCGUGCCAAGACUCCGGUACGGCCAUGAAGGCUCACAACUCCAUGACGAACGGCUGCAGGAAGCACGGCGAUGAGAGCAGCUCCGAGUCCCUUAGCCUCAGCAGCCUCUCCAAGCUCGUUCUUCCUCCCCUCGGCAUGUCAAGCUGCAGCCAGAACCCGAACGGCUCGCGAUGGAGAAUCUUCUUGCCCAUGGACUCGAGAUACAGGUUAGAACUACGCGCAGAGCUCCAUGGCGACGAAUUCUCUCUUUUGCUGACGAACGAAAGCUCCAAGAUGUUGUCUUGCAGGUGCUGGGAAGCGUUCAUGGUGGCGCUGGUAGCGUACUCUGCAUGGGUGUAUCCGUUCGAGAUCGCGUUCAUGCACGCCGCGCCGAAGGGUGGGCUGUUCCUCACCGACAACGUCAUCGACGCCUUCUUCGCGGCCGACAUCGUUCUCACGUUCUUCGUGGCUUACAUCGAUUCCAGGACGCAGGUUCUUGUUUGUGACCCCAGGAAGAUAGCCACCAGAUACUUGUCAACAUGGUUCAUCAUGGAUUUGACAUCAACACUUCCAUUUGAGGGUCUUGGCUACUUGAUCACUGGAAGAGUCAAGGCAGGAGUCUCUUACAGCUUGUUGGGCACAUUAAGACUCUGGCGUCUCAGGAAGGUCAAACAAUUCUUCACAAGGCUAGAAAAAGAUAUCAGGUUCAGCUAUUUCUGCAUUAGAUGCGUUAGACUCCUAUUUGUUACCUUUUUCUUAGUCCACUGUGCUGGAUGCCUCUACUACUUGCUGGCUGAUCGGUAUCCACAUCAAGGGAAGACUUGGAUUGGUGCUGCAGUGCCAAACUUCAGGGAAGCUAACUUGUGGAUGCGUUACAUAGCCUCCAUCUACUGGUCUAUAUCCACAAUGACAACAGUUGGUUAUGGCGAUCUUCAUGCUGUGAACACAAGAGAAAUGAUCUUUAAUAUUUUCUAUAUGCUCUGUAACCUAGGCCUCACUGCAUACUUGAUUGGAAAUAUGACCAAUCUGGUUGUUGAAGGAACACGACGCACAAUGGAAUUCAGGAAUAGCAUACAAGUUGCAUCUAACUUUGUAUGCAGAAACCACUUACCACCACAUCUGAAAGAACAGAUAUUGGCUUAUAUGUGUCUUAGAUUUAAAGCAGAGACCUUAAACCAACAACAUCUGAUGGACCAAUUACCAAAAGCACUAUGCAAAAGCAUCUGUCAGCAUCUCUUCCUGCCGACUGUCAAGGAGGCUUACCUCUUUAAAGGUGUCUCGAGGGAAACACUCUUACUGUUGGUAACUAAGAUGAAAGUCGAGUACAUUCCACCCAGAGAGGAUGUCAUCAUGCAAAAUGAAGCCCCAGAAGAUGUAUACAUUGUUGUAUCAGGUGAAGUUGAAAUCAUAUAUUCUGAUAAUGAGAUGGAACAAGUUGUAGGGAAGUUUAGCACAGGAGAUAUAUUUGGAGAAUUUACUGCACUCAGCGAAAGGCCUCAAAGCUUUAUAUUCCGCACCAGAACAUUGUCUCAGCUGUUAAAGUUGAAGCAGAGCACCCUGAAAGAAGUUCUGCAUGCAAAACAAAAGGAUGGUAUAAUUAUCAUGAAGAACUUUCUUAAGCAUCAAACAGAAUUCAAGGACAUCAGCAUCGAUAAUCUGCUAGGGGAGAAUGGAGAAUUUGAAGAAACUAACAAACCGUGCAAUCUACUCACAGUAGCUGCUACAGGAAAUAGUUGCUUCCUUGACAAACUCCUCAAAAAAGGAAUGGAUCCUGAUAUUGGUGACUCCAAAGGAAGAACUCCAUUGCAUAUAGCAGCAUCAAAAGGAUACGAGGAUUGUGUUUUGGUUCUAAUCAACCAUGCCUGCAACAUCAAUAUACAAGACAUGGAUGGAAAUACUCCAUUAUGGGAUGCUAUCACAGGAAAACACCAUAACAUUUUCAAUAUCUUGCACCGGUGUGCAUGUGUUUCCAAUCCCUAUACCAGUGCCGAUCUUCUAUGUCUUGCGUCUAAAAGAAAUGACCUUUCGACUAUGAGAGAGCUGUUAAACCAUGGUUUAAACAUAGAUUCCGAGAACCAUGAAGGACUGACAGCAUUGCAGAUAGCAAGUGCUGAAAAUCAUGAAGAAAUGGUUACAUUCCUGGUCAUGAAUGGGGCGAGCAUAGUGAAAUCAAAUCCAAAUGGGAGCAUAGAAAGGAGGAUGAAAAAAGAAAUAUUAGAAGAAAUGAUCCAGCAAAGAGAUGUUGGAUAUCCAACUAUGGCAUUAGAACCUUAUGGAGCGUUUAAGAAAACAGAAGCACUUAGAGAGCAAGAUAAUUCCCUGAAAUUGGAAGCAAAUGAACAUCGACCAAGGAUUAGUGUAUUCAACGGCCAUCCACUGCUCAGAAACAGCCAUUCAGAAACUGGAAAGCUAAUAAGUUUGCCAAGCACCAUGGAAGAGCUCAGAACAAUUAUUGGCAAGAAGUUUGAAGUCGAUGCAAGAUACAAAAUAUUGACAAAUGAAGAUGCUGCUGAGGUAGACUCCAUUGAUGUUCUGAGAGAUAAUGAUAAACUUUUUAUCGUUGGGGAGGAUGAACUUCUUAAGCUUGACAUCAAAUGCUAAAAGAUAUGAUUAUGGUUUGUAGUUUGUACCAAAAUUUGUGCUAAGGUAUUUAGGAGUCCAGGAGUGAUUCUAGAGAUCUUGUAUGAGCAAUAGUGUACAUUUCCCAAGUAGGCGGCAUUGUUGACAAUAUUUCUAUGGCUGUCUGUAUAAGAUAAAAGUGUGAUAUCCUUCAGAUUACAUUUAUGGGCUUUGAGCAUCAGCAACACAUUGAAUUAUCAAUAUAUUGGUAGCUGAGUGAAUUAUCAA